CCCGCAGUCUCCGCUCUAGAAACCAAGAGAGUAAGGUUUUCUGGAACAGCCGGUUUCGAUAAGCACGGAAAUGCGUUUCGUGCUGGAAGCUCCAACACGACACAGUACGUUGGUCCCCCAAGUCCUGAUAUUGAUAGUGCUUGGGAAAGUUUAAUCGCUGGGCGAUACUUCACCAUUACCGAAAAGGAGGCUCAACAGUAUUUCGGAACUGAAUACACUCAAUAUUAUAAAGACCCCAAAAUGGGUUUAGAUGUCUUGCAUACUUUACAUUGUCUGAACAUACUUCGAAAGGCUCUUUAUCCCGAAUACUACGUCAGGCAUCAUUCGAAUUCCACAUUUGGUAGAUAUCAUCUCGAACAUUGUGUCGAUAUUAUCCGGCAAUCGAUUCAAUGCCAUAGCGACAUAACUCCUAUCCCCUUGCGAUGGUUUAGUAGUGUUAAUACCACAUUUAUCGAUUCUGACCAGGUACACACGUGCAAGAACUUCCAAAAGGUACGAGAGUGGGCUACGGAAAGGUUCAAUGGUAGCUUAGCUGUAUACAAAAAAACCUACGACGGCCAUUUCUAG